UUACCGAAACUAGACGAACCAAAUCAUCGACAUGAGCGGUCAGUUUGAGGAAGAUAUCCACGACCGGGGCGAGAGGAAGAGCAGUAAAUCCCCGACGCUGCUCUCAUCUUACUGCAUAGAGAGCAUUCUGGGCCGCCGGAGUCCUUGUAAGGUCAGACUGAUAGGGCCGCAAAGUUUGACGGGUCUGCCCGGCAGAGAAGAGCUCAACAAAACGGCUGACGGGCCGACGAAAGACCUUUCUCUCAGUGCUGACAUGCACUUGCCACCCAAGCUCCGCCGACUGUACGGACCCGGGGGGAAGUACCUCCACGACCACGCAGAGAAGCUGGACAGGGAGCGGCUACUCCUGCACCAAACCACCGACAGCCUCAAAAUCAGCCAAGCACCGCAGGUCAGCAUUAGCCGCAGUAAAUCCUACCGGGAGAACGCAUCACUUAGCCGGGGAGAAGGCGACCAGAGCCCCGUGGUGGGUUCGGAGGACGGCGGCCUGGGACUGGUGGAGCUCGGCCCGUUGAAGUUCGAGGAGGACGCGGUGAAGGAGGAUGAGAGUUGCGCUGACACCGCCGCGCUGUCCCCGAAGGAGGAGGAGAGGGAGAGCUUGAACGCCGGGGAUGGAGACGUGAGGGACGGGGAGGACAGCGUGUGUCUGUCAGCUGGCAGUGACUCGGAGGAAGGGAUGCUGAAACGGAAGCAGAGAAGAUACAGGACUACUUUCACAAGUUACCAGCUGGAAGAGCUGGAGAGGGCUUUUCAGAAGACACACUACCCCGACGUCUUCACCAGAGAAGAGCUCGCAAUGCGCCUGGAUCUUACCGAGGCUCGUGUUCAAGUGUGGUUUCAGAACCGCAGGGCCAAAUGGAGGAAGCGUGAGAAGGCCGGGGUGCAGGCCCACCCGUCAGGCCUGCCGUUCCCAGGCCCCCUGGCAGCGGGCCACCCUCUCAGCCACUACCUUGAUGGAGGUCCCUUCCCUCCCCACCCCCACCCAGCCCUGGAGUCUGCAUGGACGGCUGCGGCAGCUGCAGCCGCAGCCUUCCCAGGCCUGGCCCCGCCGCCUCACAAUGGUUCUGCACCACCCUUGGCCACCCCGCUUGGCCUGGGCACUUUCCUGGGCACGGCUGCCAUGUUUCGCCACCCUGCCUUCAUUGGGCCCACUUUUGGCAGGCUCUUCUCCAGUAUGGGUCCCCUGACUAGUGCUUCCACUGCUGCAGCCCUCCUCCGUCAGCCUGCCCCUCCUGUAGAGAAUCCCACCCACACAGGGCCUGUCCUCCCUGAUCCUUCCCCUUCUUCCACCUCCUCAGCUGCAGCAGACCGUAGGGCCUCCAGUAUUGCCGCGCUGCGCCUCAAAGCUAAGGAACACUCCGCUCAGCUCACCCAGCUUAACAUCCUGCCCACCGGAGCUGCAGGGAAGGAGGUGUGCUGAACACUCAACACCAGCUUGAUGCUCCCCCUAUCCCAGGUUUACGUCCCAUUCCAUGACACCCCUGUCCCCCUUCCAAAAUCCCAUUCAUACCUCUGGAGGCUGAUGUCCUUAUGUCCCCUGUGUUCAACCAUCCCCGUUACCUCAUGUUUCCCCAACAAAAUAGCACGACCAAAUUCAAAAGAGCACUGGCUAAAAAAAGGUGUGUUUGUGUGUGUCUAGUAAUGACAGCUAUUGUAACAUUGUUGUACACUCCAUUAUUUAAAUUGUGUAAACAACAAGUACAGUAUUUGAAGCUUAAAAAAAUAAAUUCUUGUCAAAAUUUCUUGACACUUUACCAUUAAAUUAAAUUUGAAAUUUGAAAUUAGGUUCUGUAUCAUUCACUUAGGCUGUCAUAUAUAUAUAUUUUUUUUCAAGAGCCCAUAAAACUGUCCCACAUGCAUAGACAACCAAUACAAAGAACACACGUUGCCAGUGGAAGCAUGUAACGAAGAACAUUAACUCAAGUACUGUGAUUCAGCUUUAAGUACUUCUACUUUACUUUAAUAUUUCCAUUUGCUGCCACUUUAUACUUGGACUUCACUACAGCUCAGAGGAAAAUUAUGUGCUUUUUACUCCACUAGAUUACUUUACAAAUCAUUUACUUAACAUUUAGAUACAAAACAUCUGAUAAGCUUACACAGGGGCCAUUUUUCUGUUUUCAGUACUUAAAUUUUUAUACUUUAAGUUUAUAAGUUAAAAUAAUAUAAAUCAAUACAUGUUUGCCCUUAAUACUUGUACACUUUCACUUAUGCAACAAUUUAAAAACUGGACUUUUACUUUUAACAGACGAUUUUACUGUUACUUUGUGGUUUGGCUAAUUUUAAUCAAGUAAAUGGUCUUCGUUACACACACGCACACACACACACACACACACACACACACACACACACACACACACACACACACACACACACACACACACACACGCAGCAGUCACGCACGCAUACAGAGCUGAAGAACCGCAGGGGAACCCAGGCUUUAGAAAUAUUUCUUGUGCUACUUCAAAUGUGGACAGCUCGAGUGCUCGACAUUAAUCUGUAUGCAUCGACGUGGAUUGAGCUAGUCUGCGUUUAUAAUAAAGGCGAGUUGGAGGAGGUCCCCCCCAGAACCAAAGGAAACCUGUCCAUUGACCUUCCAUAGCCUUCUCUACAAGCCUGACUCCUCUCCACUGCUCGCCUGUCCAACAGUCACACUGAGCACACCGCUCUGUGUGUGUAUACAUACGUAUACUCUGAAUCAAACGGGAGUUAUUUAUGGUCUUUUUAAAUCCACGUCAGCGGCAGAUUAACCCCCACACACACAGUGGCAUUUCCGCUGAGUCUGACUCAAGGACAUGCGAGCAAAGUUGAAACCUGAGAUGUGUUUCUAAUGACGUACCUAUGUGAAAGAAAACUGUACAUAUUGUGUAAAAAAAGGGGGUGGAUGGGGGGUAAGACAAAAAGAAUGAUUUUCAAAACAAGGUCGUGUAUAUUUAAGGAGACCGUGUUUGAUAACUUGCACUGGGUGUAGUGUUUAAGGAAUGUCGCCCUGUGUAGAUCUCACCUGUGUUUAUGAAUUAUUAGGUUUUUAGAUAAUUAUUUAUGUCUAAACUUUUCCCUGAACAACUGAAUGAAGGACAUUUUUUUUCUUAAGAAAGUGAUUGUAAGUUUCCUGGUUUAAUAAUUUGAAUAAAUUACAUUGGUAAAAUGA